CCGCGGCACCCGGGCCUGGGGGAGGCCCCGAGGGGGGUCGGGGUCCGCUCGGGGCUGGGGGAGCCCCGGGGCGCCGCCGAGCCGCUGCCCCCGGCCCGCACCGGGCCCCCUCCGGGGCCGUGCCCUCGCGCUGCUGCCGCUUGGGGACUGUCCGCCGGGUCCCCCUUGUGUCCCCUGCGUCCCCUUGUGUCCCUCGGGGGUCCCAGGGGGCUCUGGGUACCCCUGUGCUGGCCAGCCCCUCUGUGCCCCGUCCCACUGCACCCUGUCCCGGUGCGCCCUGGUCCCACUGCGCCCUGGUCACUGCGCCCUGGUCACUGCGCCCCGUCGGGUGACCCCAUAGUCCCCAGGAGCCGAGCCCCGGGCAGGGUUCCCCGUGGGCUGGGCAGCUGCAGCUGUGUCCCUGGGGUGUCCCCCAGGGUGUCCCCCGGGUGCCGCACCGCCCCGGUGACCGCCCCGGUGACCUUGUGACGCUCGGUGGCUGCUGGGCGUGAGGAGAGGGCAGAGCGGCCAGGGCAUGUGGGUCCCCUGGGGCCUGCGGUACAGGGGGUGCUGUGCCAUGCCCUGCAGUGCCCUGCAGUGCCAUGCAGUGCCGUGCAGUGCCGUGCAGUGCUGUGCAGUGCUGUGCCAUCCCCUGCAGUGCCGUGCAGCGUGCCAUGCCGUGCAGAGCCCUUGCAGUGCCACGCCGUGCCAUGCUAUGCCCUGCAGUGCCGUGCCGUGUGGUGUGAUGAGUUCAGAGGGUGCCGUGCAGCUCGGUGCAGUGCGAUGCAGUUUAAUGCAACCCAGUUUAAUGCAGCGCAGCGGGGAGCAGUGCAGCCUCACAGGCCCUGCUGUGCUGCAGCGUGGUGCUGCGCUGUGCGCUUGGUGCCGUGCAGCCGGUGCCGUGCCCUGCGGUGCCGUGCAGCGUCGCACCCCAGCGCGGUGCCGCGCGGUGCCGUGGCAGCUGCAGGACUCCUGGCUCUCGCCGUGCUGCUGUUUGCCGUCAGCCCAAGGACGCCCUUGCAGAAGGGCACCUCCUGCUCACGCGCCGGGGGGGGGGCAGCUCCGUGGCUCCCCCCAUGCCACCGCACUGAGCCGGCUGUGCCGACACCAGCAGGAGCCUGCGCCCCACACAACAGCAGGGGCUCUGCCUGUGCACCCCGAGGGAGGGGACCCUGGGCACGGAGGGCCAUGGGGGGGCCCAGCUUGUGCCAUAGCCCCCUCCCCCAGAGUUCUGGGCUGUGGGGGUUCACGGUGUGGCAUCAGGGGGCUGAUGCUGCUGUGUCCCCCGUUCCCCAUGCAGCCGGGUGCGCUGCGGGGGUGUGUCUGUGCGUCUGCCCCCUCGGCGGCGUGUUUAGGGGCAGCGGGACGGUGCCUGACCCUUCCCUCACUGGGCACCCGUCCAGCCCCAUGUGAUUGGGACGGGGCCCCCCCCGCGGGCACGCGCACGUGGCUGCGGGGCCUGGCCAGGGCCGACGUGACGCAGCUCUCCUGGCAGCACCGCUGGCACGCAGCGUGACCGUCCCGGUGCACGGUGGCCCCGGUGACACCGGGGGGGGCGCAGGGGGGGCUGCGAUGCCAGCAGCGUCAUGGGGUGUUCCGGGUGGCGCCCGGCGCCACGGCACCGCGGAACCUGGCGCCCGGUGCCAGGUGUGGCCAUCCCCAGGCACCAUCCCCGCGCUCAGCCACCCCCGCGCGC